GACAGGAUUUCUUUGAGCAAGUUCUUUUCCCCCAUCCUUGCUCCCUUAAGCUGUUUAUUGGAUUUCUGCAAGAAGAAGGCCACAGAGAAGGAUGGUGUUGGUUGGGGCAGUAGUUCUGAUCCUUCUCGGUGUGCUCUGCUCCGUUGUCUUUGCAUCUUUUCAAAUGUACAAGAAGAAAGGAGAGCUGCCUCCAGGACCCACUCCCUGGCCCAUCCUGGGGAACCUAUUUCAGAAGAAUAUCCUGCCUUUGUACAAAUCCUAUUCUAAGCUUGCCAAGAAGUAUGGCCCAGUCUUUACUGUGUGGACGGGACCAAAACCUCUGGUUGUACUCUGUGGAUAUGAGGUGGUAAAAGAUGCCCUGGUGCAUCAUGCUGAAGAGUUUGGUGGGCGUCCUGAUAUCCCCUUUGAUGUGAGAGUAACGAAGGGUCAAGGAAUUCUUAGCAGGAAUGAGACCAAAUGGAGGGAGCUGCGCCGGUUCACCCUGUCCACCUUGAGGAACUUCGGGAUGGGAAAGACAGCCAUGUCCAAGAGGGUGCAGGAGGAAGCUCUCUGCUUGGCAGAGGAAAUAGCUACCACACAAGGGCAGCCUUUUGACCCAAGAAGGGGAUUUGCAAGUGCUGUUUCUAAUGUGAUCUGCGCAGUCGUCUUUGGCAAUCGAUUUGAUUCCAAAGAUCAAACCUUCAUAGAGAACCAGCAGAUAGUGGAGUCUCAAAUAAGAUGGUUUGGUGGUUUCCCAGGACUGGUGUACAAUACUUUUCCAAAUAUAAUGGAGUACGUCCCUGGGCAACACACCAAGAGUUUUGCUGAUGCUGAAAAACUCUCUGAUUAUAUCCGUGAGAAGGUGGAGUUCCACAGGAAGACGCUGGAUCCCCAGAACCCCCGUGACUAUAUUGAUUGCUUCCUCAUUAGACAGGAGAAGAACUCAUCUGAGGUUGUCUAUACUCCUGAAGAUCUUGUGAUGGCUGUGUUUGAACUCUUCAUUGCUGGGACAAUAAGCACCAGCCACACCUUGCUCUGCAGCCUCCUAGUGAUGGCCAAAUUGCCACACAUUCAAGCUAAGGUGCAACAGGAGAUUGACGAGGUGGUGGGUGCAAACCGCACUCCAGGCAUGGAAGACCGGUUGAGGAUGCCUUUCACAAAUGCUGUUGUCCACGAGGUCCAACGGUAUCAGAAAGGGAGCCUUGAGAACUUUCCACGGGCAACAACUUGUGACACAAAAUUCCAUGGAUACAACAUUCCCAAGAACACGGCUGUUGUGCCAAUGCUCUCCUCUGUACAUUUUGAUCCUCUCCAUUGGGAGACUCCAGAGAAGUUCAACCCAGAUCAUUUUUUGAAUGAAAAGGGCCAGUUCAGGAAGAGAGACACUUUCAUGCCAUUCUCAGCAGGGAAGCGGGCCUGUCCAGGGGAGGCCCUGGCUCGGAUGGAGCUCUUCCUGUUCUUCAGCACUCUGCUCCAGAAGUUCACCUUCCAUAUGGCUGGGGACAGCAAAGACACAGAUUUAAUGUCUUUGCAAAUGAACUUCAUAACUAAGAAUCAAUACCCCCUUAUACGAGCUGUUAAACGUUCAGUGGACACUUGUGUUCAGUUGUUGCCUUAA